GCGCGAGCGCGCGCCCCCGCCCGGGAUAUAUAGGGUGGUGUGGCCCCCGGGGAAACAGGGUGGCGGAGCGUGGGAGAGACACGAGGCGGCUGCAGCAGCGUCGGUGAAGGAAGAAUCAAUAAUGUCAGCCCUAAACUGGAAGCCCUUUAUCUAUGGAGGUUUAGCAUCGAUCACUGCAGAAUGUGGUACUUUCCCUAUUGAUCUGACCAAAACACGUCUCCAGGUUCAAGGUCAAGUUAAUGAUGCCAGAUAUAAAGAGAUCCGCUACCGUGGAAUGGUGCAUGCACUAGUUAGAAUAUGCAGAGAAGAAGGAUUGAAAGCCUUAUACUCUGGGAUUGCACCGGCAAUGCUACGGCAGGCUUCAUAUGGAACUAUAAAAAUAGGCACUUACCAGAGUUUAAAGAGAGUGUUUGUUGAGCAUCCAGAAGAUGAAACCCUGAUGAUAAAUGUUCUAUGUGGCAUUCUUUCUGGAGUAAUCUCAUCAUCUAUUGCCAACCCUACAGAUGUUUUAAAGAUCAGAAUGCAAGCACAAGGUAGUGUGAUUCAAGGAGGAAUGAUGGGCAACUUCUUACAGAUCUACCAAAAUGAAGGCACUAAAGGAUUAUGGAAGGCAAUAUCAUUGACAGCACAAAGAGCUGCUGUUGUUGUUGGAGUGGAACUGCCAGUGUACGACCUUACCAAGAAGCACAUAAUUAUGUCUGGACUUAUGGGAGAUACAGUAUAUACUCACUUCCUCUCAAGUUUUACCUGUGGGUUGGCUGGAGCCCUUGCAUCCAACCCAAUUGAUGUUGUGCGAACACGCAUGAUGAAUCAGAAAAGCCAGCAAUAUGGAGGACACUCGAACUACAAGGGUACUUUGGAUUGCUUGUUACAAACAUGGAAGAAUGAAGGCUUUUUUGCUUUAUAUAAAGGAUUUUGGCCAAACUGGUUAAGACUUGGUCCUUGGAAUAUCAUUUUCUUCCUGACGUAUGAACAGCUGAAGAAAUUAGACUUCUGACAUGAUGAACUGUCUACUGAAUUCUGUAAUGUACUGUUUGAGCUUAGAGCAGCUUGUAAGUUAUCUUGAGUAUUUGUUCUUUAUUGUUUGAGGUGCUGGCCCAAGGAAGAGGUCAUAACAAGACUGUUGGGAAUGAGAACUGGGAAGUGAUUUCAAAGCAGACUGGCUCCUAUACAAUGGCUUGCUCGUGCAGUUUUGUGGAAGAUGUGCACUAUUUCCUAGAUUGAAACAAAUAUGGGGGAACACCUUCUGUCACUGUUUUAAGUGGUCUUGAAUGUGAGGAUAUGUAAAGCAAUUUUAUGCUUUUGGGACUUGGAUGCAAAGGUGUAAGAAGUAAAGAAUCUUUCUCUAAAGGAAGAUGGGUAGAAAGAAAGAGCUGGGCUUUUCCUGUUUUAAAAAGUGUACAAAAUUUGACUGCAGUAGUUUGUUUCUAACUGGAAGUGUCACAAGACCUCUUUGCAGGCAUUCAAUUCAGCAAAAUACCUUCUGCAAUAUGAAAUAGACUGCUGCUUUUAGAGAUUUCCUGUGCUCUGAGUCCUUAGAUGUCUGCAUAACUUGCAGGAAUAAUCCAGCUUUCAUAUGACAGUGUGGUUGCUACAAUUAGCAGUUUUGUGUAGCCUGAAGAAAGCUUCAUUUUUCCCCAGUGUAACAUUCUUGGUUUUCAGCAUGAGUGAUUCUUCAACGUAUUCAUAUGUAAAUUACAAUUGGGAAUGAAGUUCAAAUGAGUCCACGCUCAUCUGCCUGUCCUGCAGAGAAACUUCUGAUGCUUCUUCCAUUCUUGGGAAGAACUAUUUGUAAUGGUGACUGGCUGUUAUGCAAAUUUUACACUGAGCAGUUCAGGCUGUGUCGUGUGGGUGCCUGUCUAAAGAGACCCAAGCCCUCCGAAGGCAAUUCUGCUGUGAAGGCUGUUCUCCUUGUCAGAGGACAAACCCAGAGCUACUGAGCACUUUUGUACAGCAAAGAGGCCCACACUGCUGUUAUGUAUAGAAAUCAACCACAACUUCCUUAAAGCAUUACUUUUGGGGUUAAAAUAUAUCAAAACCUCAGGGCCAUAGUAGCUUGUGUCCAAGCUCUUAAAAAUGUUGCUGUUAAUUCCAAUAAGGGAAACAUGUGAGAUGUGAGUCAUACUGUGCUCCUGUGCUCAGGGUAGCAAAGCAGGAUGCAUAGCCUUGGGUUUCUGUGGCGUUGUGUUAAUCUCUCAAACACCUUUGAUUAAUCAUACAUUCCACUUAAACUUCACUGACUUCAAAAUUACUAUAAUCACUUAAUUACUGUUUUUUUUUUUUGAAUUCAGAAAUGGAUUUUCAAAUGCACAAGGCACUUUCCUAACGCACAAUGUUUUUUUCUAUGUCUAUAUGGAUAUGCUUAUGUGCUGUUUUUCCUUACAGCUGUUUCUAUGCUUUAAUAGAAAUGUUUGUAAAUAUUUUUGUACACAAUGUAAACUAUGCAUAUGUUUAAAGUUUUUUAAAGCUUAUUAAAAGUUUAA